UAUUAGUGCCAAUUAAGAAUGAUUCCGAGCUGUUUUCGAGAUGAGAUUACAGCCCCGGUCCGCCACGAACCAGAUAAGCGAUCAGCGACUGUGAUUAGUAGGUCGCGCCAACUCAAGGCGCACAGUUCUCGCAAAACGAAUCUGAAGAUGGAGGUCACGAAGGCAACGAAACCAACGGAGCAGUGGGACAAUGGCCUGGAGUUCCUCUUCUCGUGCAUCUCCCUGUCCGUGGGCUUGGGCAACAUCUGGCGGUUCCCGUACAUUGCCUUCCAGAACGGCGGCGGCACCUUCGUCAUUCCGUAUCUGAUUGCCCUGCUGGUGAUUGGCCGUCCCGUGUAUUAUCUGGAGAUAGCCUUGGGCCAGUUCACUGACCGCGGAGUGGUCAAGGCCUUCGAUAUGGCACCCCUGCUCAAGGGCGUGGCGGUGGGACAGGUGCUGGCCACGGGGGCCUCGAUUACCUACUACUCGAGCAUCAUGGCCCUGACCCUGAGGUUUCUGGUGGCCUCCUUGGGCUCGGAGCUGCCCUGGAGUCGGUGCAGGGAGAAGUGGGGCAGUGAUUGCCAUGAUGGAAGCAUCGUCAAUGCCACGGGAAAGAUGUCCCCCGCCCAGCUGUACUUUGAACGUGAGAUACUCCACGAGGUCCCUAACAUUGACAAUGGCCUGGGCAUGCCGAACUUGGAUCUGGUCGGAUGUCUGGCCAUGUCCUGGCUCAUCAUUGAAGCAGUGCUGAUACGCGGCAUCAAGAGCAGUGGCAAGUCCGCCUACUUCCUGGGCGUCUUUCCCUAUGUGGUGCUCCUUGUCCUUCUGUUCAGAGCUGUAACCCUCCCCGGGGCCAUGGAUGGCAUCAUUUACUUCUUCAAGCCGCAGUGGCGGCAGCUGCUCGAUCUACUGGUGUGGUAUGCGGCCGUCACACAGGUCUUCUUCUCGCUGGCCAUCUGCUUCGGGACCGUGAUCACCUACGCCAGCUACAACAACUUUAACAGAAAUGUCUACAAGGACAUCGUGAUCAUCACCACCAUGGACUCUUGCUCCUCGAUCAUCGCCGGCUGCAUUACCUUUGGUAUUUUGGGGAAUCUGGCCAAGGAGACGGGAAUCACAGAUAUUGGCAGCGUUGUGAAGGGCGGAGCCGGUCUGGCUUUCAUCUCGUAUCCGGAGGCUAUUGCCCGGUUCGAGUAUGUGCCACAGAUGUUCGCGGUCCUCUUCUUCCUCAUGCUCUUUGUCCUAGGCAUUGGCAGCACCGUGGGCAUGGGCACCUGCAUCCUGCGCGUCGUCCGGGAUCACUUUGGGCCACGUACGACGCCCACAUGGGCUCUGGCCAGCUGUCUGACUGUCGUGGGUUUCGGCGUGAGCAUCGUUUACAUGACGCCGGGCGGGCAAUUCAUUCUCAAUCUGGUGGACUUCUAUGUCGUGUCCUUUACAGCCCUGAUCCUGGCCAUUGGCGAACUGGUGGCCGUUGCCUGGGUCUAUGGUAUCCUCUUAGGCGUCCAUCGCUUCUGUGCGGACAUCAAGUUCAUGAUGGGCAUCGAGACGGGCUGGUACUGGCGCCUCUGCUGGCUGUUCAUCACGCCGGGCCUGAUGGCCGCUGUCCUCGUCUACAUGCUGCUCGACAUGUCGCCCCUCACAUAUAAGGGCGUGGCCUAUCCCGCUUUAGCUCAUGUUUUCGGCUGGUUCUUGGCCGCAUUAGGCCUGGUCCAGUUACCAGGCUGUGCAUGCUAUGCCCUCUACAGGCAACGCCACCGCCCCGGCAGCUUCUUGCAGAAGCUACGUGCCGCCUGUGAGCCAACGGACACUUGGGGACCAGCCAAAGCACAGAUGGAUGUCAGCUGCUAGAAAAUGGGGUUUCUCCAUUGCCUCACGCUGCGUAUUUGUAGUGCCAUAAAGUAUGGUAUAAAUAAAAAAAAUUUUAAACAAAAAACAAUGAGAGCUUAGGAGUUUUAGGAAUCCAGGCAGGAUGCAGCUGCUAAUCCUGCUGCUGGUGCUGCAAGCACUUUUAAUUACCUCAGGGCAUGGCUCCAGUGGGGCUGCAAAUGGGGCGUGGCUGU